AUGACUGAGCCUGCUCUCCAGACUCUCAAGAAGCUGCCUACGCCAGUCCCGCCGCCUGCCGAGCCCGCCAACUCGCCCCAGUCGACUUCAUCAGCUCGGAAGCAGGUCGAGGACAAAGUCGAGGAGAAGCCUCUCGUGACGGUGGAGGAGUGCUUUGAUGUCUCCGACUCGACCAGAGAGACUGGUAGUGUCACCCCGGCGCCCGCGCAGUCGUCUAUUCCGUCCGGUCCCCUGCCUUCAGCCUCGCCCGACGCUUCGACGGCCACGAGCACUCCGCCUGCCCAAGCUUCAACGUCUGCCAAAGACGAUGCGAGCAUCGACCGUGCGGAGCCUCGACGCAUUGGCAAGAAGGCUACUGUAUGGGUCCCGGAGGUCAAGGAGGUACUCUGGCGAGCUGUCGACCUAAUCCCGAACAUCGGAAGGUCCCGCUACGUCGUGCGAGGGACGCCGAUGGACCGCUUCGACAUGAUUGCCGAGUACAUUCGCCGUCAGUCGGGCCAUCGCCGCACUUGUCAACAGGUCCGCAGCUUCACGAGCAACUUGAAGUACGGGCAGGACGAAGGUUCCGAGAUCGUCAGACGUCUUGCCGGUUCCUACAUCGACUCGAGUGUUGCUGCGUCCAUUGACUGGGACGCUUUCCUCGGUCCUGACUUGCAUCCAGCUAUUGCUCCAGCCGAGACUUCGAAUGUCCAGCCGCCGAAGAAGCGCAAACGCGCUGCUUCUCAGUCUCCGCCUCCGCCAACCUCGUCUACCGCUACUGGCGCGGACAAGCGUGCGACCGUCCACACAACUCGCGCACCUGAUAAACCUUCUGCUUCUCCUUUCGCCCCGCCACCUUACUCACUCCAGCCGAUUUACCAGCCUCUUCAGCAAGUCCCGGGUGGUUCAAGUUUCCCUUCGACGCAGCAGCCUCAGGCAGUCUACUUCCUUCCUCACCCGUCUUCCAGGAUGCUUUAUCGUCACCCGAACCAGCCUACGGCGCAGACUCAGCCGAGUACGGACUUCCGCCCUUCUCUUCGCGCCUUCUUCGCAGCCGUCAUGCCCGACCGCGACUUUGCGCUCCUCGCCAACCACCUCGCCAGCGCCGGCAUCACGAGCGUGGACCAACUCUCCAACUUGCUCUUGAUGGACGAAGGCAGCGUCGACGGCUUCGUCGAGCGGAUCCCGAAGUUGGGAGGCGUGGAGAGGGCCUUCUUGCGCAAGGCGAUCUUCUCGGCGAAGGCUUCUUUCGAGUCGCUUGCGUAG